CCUAUAGUAUUUGAGAACUGUACAUUAUUUAGUUUAUUAGCGUAAAUGGUCAUGAGAAUAGCGGGUGAAACAACAGGUGCGGGAAUAGUUAAAUAUAUUUCUUAAACAACGUCAAAUGUUAAAAUCGAAAGCAGAUUUAGUCGGACAUAUUUGUUAUGCUAUUUUCGAUACCAAGCGCAUAGGCAACAUGGACAGGCUGGUAGAUAAUGAAACUAGGAAACAUGGGGUUGACACCAUAACUUGUAAAGAAGCACAGACAGACGCGUGUGAGCCUGCAACACCACCGGCGUAUCUGUUGACAUUGGCCCAGGAGAUUUCUCGUGCAGUAAAUGUUUAUAAAGAUUCCGACCGAAACUUGCUGUCUGGACUACGCUUUCUUUUGGGUUAUGGACCAUUCAAUUUCAAGCUAGUUGACCUGAUCGAUUUUGAGCCUGGCGAGGUCAUCAUGAUAAAGAAAACUGCUAAGAAAAAACUGAAGCGAUAUCAAAGGGAGCAACGAACAUGCGAUGAAGAGACACAUUAUCCGGGUGUUCUUUCGUGGUUGAUCGGGUCUGUCCAAUUAGACAGUGCAACAAAGUGGCCAAUCAGUGACGAUGGAAACAGCAAAUGUCAUCAAACGAUCCAACUUGAAACUCUAUCGGUAGAAUUGAGUACAGUAAUGUACUUGUUGGGUUAUGGAGCGGAAAUCAGACGAAAACGGAUAGAAGUCUAUAAGAUCUCGGAUAGCAGUAUGAGUAAUGAUCUUACAUGUAUUACUACCGGCAGUAAAUCAGAAGGUCUAACUUCCUUUUUGGAGAGCGACCACGACCGCAUGUAUGUUUUGCCUCAUGUCGUUUGUGUUGAUGAUAACAGUCACGAAACCGCAACACCAGAUGACACAACCGUCAUUAAAGUAAACAAUUGCCUUGCACAUGCUGGUCACUGCAAGUUGCAUGUAUGGAAUCUUGGAACAAUAGUUCCUUCGGCAAUUAUGAACGCGUUAUGUGAUGAUGGAAACGGUGGCCAUCUUUUAGACAGUGACUUAUUCAUAAGCAAAUUUCCAACGGGCGAACGUCAACCAGAGGAAGUGUGUCAUGAACGUGCGGGACCGUCGUUGCCACAUUCAUUCUUAGGAUCUCUGCACUCAGACAGAGUGUUUACUCUCAAGUAUAAUUGUCCAAGCAUUCUACAAAGAUGGGCAGAAAGACCUCGCCUGUGGCCACCACUAGAAGUUGUUAGCAAAGUUGUGUCUUUCGGAGCAUUCGUUGCUCCCGUGGGCUUUAAAGAAAGUAGCCACAGACACUUAGAAUGGAGAAUUUGUUUUAAUACUGGAGAAACGGAACUAAUGAAUAACCUUUCUGACACUCAGCUAAACAUAUAUGUAUUGUUGAAAAUGGUGGUAAAAUGUGUACUUAAGCCAUCUAGAAAAGAAGUAACAUCGUACGUUCUGAAAAAUAUUGUUUUGUGGCAAGCGGAAUUAAACUCACCGACAUUGUUUCACGAAAAAAGCUUGUUACAUUGGUUCCACGAUGGACUGGCUAAGCUACGAACUGUUGUUUCAACAAAGCACCUUGCUUAUUACAUGAUUCCGGAAAGAAAUAUUAUGGCAGCCAGUGGUUUAGAAGGAGACCAACAACGUUGUUGGGAAAACGUUAUCACAGCGAUGAUGGAUGAAGGUCCAAGAAUAAUACUUCGACUGCAUAGGAUUCGACUUGCAGUUAUCGCGUACCCAGAUCAACUGCUGUUUUAUAGCAAAUUGAGAACCGAGCUAGAGAUGUUACAGCUGGAGGAUUUAAAGAGGAGUUUUCAACUCAUAGAUACAAGCUGGAGGGUCGAUGAACACAGAUUUGAUCCUGCAGCAGUUAUGGAGACGAAUGGAUGAGAUAUUGAUGGAAGUCCAUCAACGACUGCGCCUCGAAGGAUGCUCAGUUGAUGAUAUGAAAAUUAUAUUUAACAGAAUGUUACGAUGAAGAUUGCAGUUCAACUGUCGGGUUACCCAAUAGGUUGGUCCAUGAGCUUCUGCCUUCAGCGAUUUGGGCAAAAUGCCUGUAGUCGACGUAUUUAGUUCGUGGUCACCAUACCGGGCAUUAAGAAAUUUCGCAUGGUAUUCUGGUUUCCCCUCAAAUGAAAAGACCACAAAACAAACUCAAAAUGUUUCAUUUAAGCCCAAAUAGCUUGAAAUUGCAGCCAUAAUUCAAAAUUCGCACCUACUGUCUUGAUUCUUGCUUUAUAACGUGGAUGGGUACAUGUAUAAUUAAGGACUUCAAAAAUUCGAUAUACGCAUACACAUAUACAACAUAUCUGUAAACACUACAUUUGGGGCUGAAGGCCGGGCAAUUCCAGUAUAGAUUCCUAUAACCAUAACUACACAGUGGACAAUGAAUGAUCUUCACACAGCACGUGAUGAAAUGUAUUUAACAAUAAGUAUGGAAACGUAAUUGCAAGUUUAACUUGUAUCACAAACAGUUUCAGAAAUAGUACACACUUACAAAAUUUUGCUCUUUUAAUUCAUGAAUUGUUUGGUAAACGUUAAUUUAUAUUGACUUUAUCAAAUUUUAAGUGAUAGCUUAAACAUGUUAUAUAUUUUCAGAAGAACAUUAACUUGAAGAGUAUAUUA